GUAAGAUAUGAAUCACGCAACACGAGAUGCUCGUCUAGGAGCCGGGUGGCUUCCUCACCUUUUGAUUUUGAAGGAGUAGAGGGAUAUUUUGCUCGCUGCGGUCUUGCUAACGCAUUUUCGUAGCUUCAUGUUUCGUCAAAGCGCCAUCGUCGCCAAGUUGCGUGCCCUAGUGGACGAUAUGACCAGCAGCCCCUCCAUGCCGCCAUCUUCCGACCCCAAAGAAGAUGACGACAAGGUCAUAGAGUCGCCUGCAUCCACUCCACCAACAACGCAGCAGCCCAAGUUCGAUUCAUCACCUCCACCGCGGCGAACUCUUCCAUCGCGACGUGCAGCUCGAAGGCGCCGCCCGCAAAAGGGCUCCCUUCGCGACAUCCUCCGCGAGAACUCCGGGACUUCGCUCUUUGUACGCCCCAUCGGUUGGACAGAUCUCCAUGCCAGCCUGCUAGGUGUGCGCUUCUGUGAACUGCCGGCUUGCGACACUCCACGGCCAUGCAACCUGCCAGGCUCUCCGCCGACGCAGGGCCAUAUGCGCCCAUCGCCCACCAUUACCAAGCUGAGUGACGCGCUGACAGAGGUCUUGUUGCUCUCUUCGGGGCUUCCAAAACCGACUUCUACUGCCGUCAAGACUGUGCUGAUGACGCUGUGGCCUACUGCGUUUGCAAAGUGGCAGCCGUUGCCGGAUCUGAACAUAUAUUUCGGUGACAAGAUAUAUCAUGAUGUGGUGCGUGUUCAAGCAUUGUGGAACUUCCCCUCACAUCCUUCGGCCCUAUCAUCGCAAAGCUCAGUUGCAACAAUACCAGCACGACCUGUAAGCUCGUCGUCAAGUCCGCCUGUUCACUGCACUGCAAACUUGCCGAUGCUGUGUUACAUUGGGAAGUACCAGCUUGCAUCAAUACGAAAGUGCAUCUUUCGGGUAGCUACCGGACCAGAUAACAACCCAAACAUCCCUGUCCAACGGCUGCAGCAACUUCGCGCCAAGCUUCUUAUUCCAGCGGAUGCUGAUAAAGAUGCGCACUUCGUCGGUAUCUUCUUGGCCAUGGCGCAGAGGCAUUUCUAUACGCCCCCGAUACGAACUUCGACAAGAGAAUCAUCUUUGGGACUACAAAAGCUUAAUUCUCGUCGGCCCGACUUUCAAGAUGUCAAGAUGAGAAUUUUGACGCAUGAUAAUGAGACCAGCGAGUUCUUGGUCUAUACGGGCCAUGUAACAGCUCAAUUUUUGGAUCGGUUUUUCGAUCCUUCUGGUGCCUAUUAUGACGAGGACGGCACGAUUGCGGGGAUGAAGGUUGAGUUUACCCGCGUUCCCAUCUGGCCCAUCCUGGGGCUGCGAGAACGACUAGGCAAAGCUUUGGGAGAGGAUAUUGUGGGGUCAUUUGAUUCAAAUCAAAUGGAGACGUGGGAGGAUGAUAGCUCUGGUUCUGGAUCCGAGUCGAGAUUUUCAGACUCAGGCGCUAGAGGCGCAAACAUCAAGCGGAAGCGGAGAACUCCGACAGCGUUUGAUGAAAACUUGGAUGAAGAAUCUGACGAAGACCAGCCCGCCAUGGGCGACAAGAAGCGGUGUCUGAGCGAGGAGAGAAAUCUUGUCGGCGUUGUGGUUUAAGGCAGAAAACAGCUGUAAUUGGUAAUGCAUGGACGUUGCCAUCGGGCGCUAAAGGCAGGGCUUACGACUAAAUGUAAUGUUUAGAUAGGAGGGGGCUAUAUAUACCAAGCCAAUUUGGCGCAGGGUUGAACCAGAGAGGUCUCUUAGACUGGAUUGGCGGUAUCUUGGGAGGACAGCAUUUGACUUUUACUCAAUCCGGUCUGCGGAUAUUACAGGCAGAUAUCCCACAUGGUCUGAAGGCUUCAGUUUCGGUGCCGAGAUUUCAAGAUGGUGGCAAGGCCAGACCAUCUCUUCAUCAGCAAGGCACUUGACGACUUUGUUUUGUAUUCUUUUUGACAAGAUAGGCAUGUAAUGAUAUCAUUGAUGAAUCGAUUAGAUUAGAUAUAACCAUGGAAAUGUUGAGCGAGUUCUAUGGCGCUGACACCGUUAUUUUAAAUGCAAUAUUCUGUUUA